AUGAUUUCGAUUGUGGCAAGAAUUGGAGAAGAAUUUGGAAUGCUUACCAUACUUAUAAACGCACUCUUCUACAUUCUCAUUAGACUGAUGAGAACCCUAAAGCGGGCGACGCGAACACCUCACCAGGAUCUGGAUCAUGAGGGCUUGAGUCAACACGUGGGAUAUGUUCAAGCACGCGCGACUUCUUACAGUCAGAGCUUUCCUCGACAAUCAAACAAUGAUAGUAGUUCUUACAAUCGCAAUCCAGACACAGAAUCCAACAUGAACAUUCAAUGUAUACGGCUCUCCAACAUUGCCACGUUUUCCUUUUCCUACUCAGACCUCCAAUCAACAAGAAGUAAAUCUCCAAUUCAUUCAUUCAAGAAAUCCUUGCUAUAUAUUACAAUCUUGGGCUACCUGCUCACAACCCACAACCCACCCCUCUCUUCUAUUGGCCCCAAAAGUGAACUGGGCACCCCCCGAGGUAUAUGGAGGAUCUCUGUCCUGCCUGGCAGAAGAAAUAUCCUACGAGCGAUGGACAUCAAGGGAAAAUUCAUUGAGCAGGUGACAUUCCGUAGAUAUCACAUUCCGGUUGUCUCAAACAUGCAUCCUCCGGAAUUGCAUUGCUUCUUUAAGAUAAGUGUGGGUAAAUACACAAACCUCAAAGAAAUCCGCGAAACCCAUUCUUCAUUGAGAGAAGACGAGAAGACACCGAGAAUGCACGAAAACAUAAGCUUAGAGAACCCAGUCGAGGCGUUCUUCUUAGAAAACCGCACAGCCAAUUCACUGCACGCGAUGCCGAGUAGAAACGUGUAUUUGAGACAUGUCCCAGGGCCCUCGCUUCUGGAAAGCGUAGGUUCAAUACAAAUACAAGGACUGAACUUUCUUCCUUCAUUAAAAGCUUUAAAGCACCUUGUCUACAGAACACCAUCAAUACAUUCCUCCAACUGUCUAUCAACAAUUAUCGACAUUCCCUCAACUACUUUACCAACCCACUCUGUUCCUCACAACAUGUGCAGGAAGAUCGAAAUAGUUUACGCCUACUGCCCAGAUGCAUGUAGAAUAUUCAUCACGUAUAUAUAUUGCAUACAGAAUCCGUACAAGAACGACCCACAUUUAUGUCCUCUGUACAUAGUUGAACCUGGGGAAUGGAAACCGGAAGGCGGUUCUAAUGCGAAUGAUUAUGUAGCAAGUGGAAAGAAUAGGCUUGGGCCCCUUCCACUCAUUUGCUCUGCGAUGUAA